AUGGACGGCAACUCUUUCACGGGCGGGGACCGGUGGACGAUGGAUCGCCGCGUGCCGGGGAUGUGCCGGCUACCGACAGUCCGCGGCCAGCGCUGCUGCCAGCGCCGCGCCGACGCGGGCGGGGAUCUGCUCCGGGAGCGCGGGGUCAGCUCGCUCUCGAGGCGCGGCCGGCCCUGCGCGCUGGCUGGCGCUGCGGUGGCCGAUUCCCUCCGCCCAGCGGCUCCGGAGCGGCAUCUCCUCGGUGCCUACUUGCACCACUCUGCACGCAUCCGGUAUCUCGCCAAGCUGGAUCGUGCCAGGCCCAGGGACCAGACACGUCUCCUGAGUGCUGCGGGGCCGACCGCCGGCGCUGCCCUCGUCUCUGAGCUGGGCAUCCUGGGCGUAGCGGUCAACGACAGAGCAUGGACGCAGGCAGCCUCCGAGGCAUGGCUGGACGUGUGGUGCCAUGGAGUUCCUGAGCUCCCAGACUGCUUGGUGGACUUCACCAUUCGCCACCCAAUGGCGCACCGGUACCGGCCGACAGCUCCUCGGGCAGCCGGCAGCACCGCGCGGGCCGCGGAGGUGGCGAAGGCCGACUCGACAGCUACCCACCUGCUCGCGGCCGCAGCGUGUGGCCGGCGGCGCACGAGACCUCUUGGGGCGGCUCGGAGCGAGCGGGCGGAGGCCCUCCUCGCCCAGGUGCGCUGCCGCGGUCACCCGGCGUGCGUAACCGCAGGACGGGGAGCGGCGGCGGCAGCCGCCGCCGCCGAGCGCCCGCCAGCCCAGGGCGCGGUGGCCGAGCAGCUGCGGCAGCUGGGAGCCCCCAGCGCCCUCUGGCCACCCGAAAGUACGGCUGGCAUCGUUUCAAGGUUGUUGUACGAUCUCAAGGCUGUGGCUAUCCAAGUGCAGACUGCGGCCGCAGGAAUCACUGCACGCUGCACGGAGAUCGUGCACAAAGGCAUUGUGACGAUAGAGGCUUUCGUGACCGACUUCGACCGGGGCAAAGCGGGCGGCAGCCCUCUGUUCGAUUGCUGCAGCAAAGGCCCCUGCAGCAAGGGCGAUGGCGAGAACGCGAACGUCACUCACAAGAUAGUUAGCACGAUGAGCAAGAAGCUCCCGGCCAUGGUUUUGGCCGACGCGCCCGCUGGGAUCAAGCUGGAGCUCGACGUCAGGGACAAGAAGGAUCAGAGCGCCAUGCCGCGCGCCCACGCAGGAGCUGCACGCUCAGCCGACGAUGAGACUGUGCGGAUCCAACUCCACAGGCUGCUGCAUCAGCUGACAUGGCUCCUCCUCUUCUGGCCGCGGGGCCGGCGCUGUAACGCGCCUCCGCCCCGGGGCACGCCGAGCAGGCUGCCGCAUCAGACGGCCCGGCUCUCCUUCAAGGCCCUCGGGGCCAGUGCUGUUAGCCCCCGGGGCCCCGGCGCGCACACUCACCUGCGCCCGAGGGGGCGCGGCGACCAGCCCGCCGAGCUGCCAAAGGGUGCAGCCGGCGAAGGCACGGGCUUUGACAUCGGCGAUGCGCCUGCGAAGUUCACGCCUCCCGGGCGGCAAGAUGCCGUCCCGGCCGCGGCCUCGCGGAGUGGGUGGUGGGCGCUCGUUUUACCGACAGGGCCUAGGCGUUGA